AUGCUGUCGGACGCAGACUAUUCCGGGAGUGCCUCCGGGGCUCGGCGGGCCAAGAAGAGGAGCUCCGGGGAGUCACCGGGGGACGGCCAGACCCUGCGCUCCUCUGGAAGACAGAUCAAUGUCCGGGUGAAGCGCACCAACAACCCUCCACCUGGACAGAGCAAAAGAAAAGCCACAGACACAGAGGAGGAAGACGACCAGUCUGAGAAGAAGUACAGAAAGUGUGAGAAGGCUGGAUGCUCUGCCACAUACCCAGUUUGUUUUGCAAGUGCAUCUGAAAGAUGUGCUAAAAACGGAUACACAUCUCGCUGGUAUCAUCUGUCAUGUGGUGAGCAUUUUUGCAACGAAUGUUUUGAUCACUACUACAGAAGUCACAAAGAUGGCUAUGAGACCUUUGCUGCGUGGAAGAAGGUGUGGACUAGUAAUGGGAAAAGUGAGCCCAGUCUCAAAGCUUUCAUGGCAGAUCAGCAGCUUCCAUUCUGGGUUCAAUGUACUAAACCAGACUGCAGGAAGUGGCGGCAGCUGACUAAGGAGAUCCAACUCACUGCUUCCCUAGCAGCAACAUACCGCUGUGGGAUGAAGUUCAGCAACAUCAAGAGUGAAGGUCCAGACCAGUGCUCCCAGCCAGAGGACUUGAGAGUGGCCGAGGUGACUGACAGUUGGUGGCAUUCAAUGUUGAUUUUGCCGCCGUUGUUCAAAGAGAGUCCAGCCAGCCCUUUCCUCGCUGCCUACUACCCUGACUGUGUGGGGAUGAGUCCAUCAGGCUCUUCCAGCAACAUGUCUCUGACUGAGCUGAGGGCCGAUCACUGCAGAGCCGUCCAGCCACAAAUUCCAGGCCUGUGUCCAUACUUCCAGCCCUUCUAUCAGCCCAAUGAGUGUGGCAAGGCUCUGUGUGUGCGGCCGGAUAUGAUGGAGCUGGAUGAGCUUUACGAGUUUCCAGAAUUUUCCCGCGAUCCCACCAUGUAUUUGGCUUUGCGUAACCUUAUUCUGGCCUCCUGGCACAAGAAUUGCAAGGAGGUGCUGACUUCCCAGAAAUGUGCUCUGCACAUCAUUGUCCGAGGGUUGGUACGUGUGCGCUGCGUGCAGGAGAUGGACCGCGUGCUCCACUUUAUGACCAGGAAGGGCCUCAUCAACACUGGUGUGCUGGCAGUAAAACGGCCUCUGCUCCCUGAAAGACCGUGCUCUAGGAAUGUUAUCAUCAUCGGUGCUGGGGCUUCAGGUCUGGCUGCUGCACGACAGCUGCAAAACUUUGGCACUCAGGUGAUGGUGCUCGAGGCAAGGGAGAGAAUUGGAGGUCGUGUGUGGGAUGAUGCCUCUCUGGGCGUCACUGUAGGGCGAGGAGCUCAAAUUGUCAAUGGCUGUGUAAACAACCCCAUCGCCCUGAUGUGUGAACAGAUAGGCGUCAAGAUGCACAAGCUGGGAGAGCGGUGUGACCUCUUUCAGGAGGGGGGGCAGGUUACUGACCCGGCCAUCGACAAGCGCAUGGAUUUCCACUUUAACGCCAUCCUGGAUGUGGUGUCAGAAUGGAGGAAGGACAAGUCGCAGAACCAGGACAUACCGCUCAGAGAAAAAGUCCAGGAGGUGAAGAAGAACUUUCUUCAGGAGUCUGGAAUCCAGUUCAGUGAAUUGGAGGAGAAAGUGCUUCAGUUUCAUCUCAGUAACCUGGAGUACGCCUGUGGAAGCACGUUAGACCAGGUAUCAGCAAGAUCCUGGGACCACAAUGAGUUUUUUGCUCAGUUCUCAGGAGAUCACACUUUACUAACAAAGGGCUACUCUGUGUUACUCCACAAACUGGGCGAGGGCCUCGACAUCCGCACAAAAUGCCCGGUUCAGGCCAUUGAUUACUCAGGUGAUGCUGUCAAAGUUACCUCCUCUAAUGGGUCCCAGUGGACAGCACAGAAGGUUCUUGUUACAGUUCCGUUGACUUUACUUCAGAAGAACUUGAUUCAGUUCAACCCUCUACUUCCUGAGAGGAAACUGAAAGCAAUCCACAGUCUGGGAGCCGGUAUCAUAGAGAAGAUCGCUCUUCAGUUCCCGUACAGAUUCUGGGACAACAAAAUCCAAGGGGCAGACUACUUUGGUCACAUACCACCCAGUCCUGACAAGAGAGGCAUGUUCAGUGUCUUCUAUGACAUGGAGCCUCAGGGGAAGCAGGCUGUCCUCAUGUCUGUUAUCACUGGUGAUGCUGUACUUGCUGUCCGGGACAUGGAGGACAAGGAGGUGGUAGAUGAGUGCAUGAAGGUCCUGCGUGAACUUUUCAAAGAGCAGGAGGUCCCAGAGCCAGUGAAUUUCUUUGUCACACAUUGGAGCAAAGACAUGUGGUCCCAGAUGUCCUACAGCUUUGUGAAGACGGGGGGAAGUGGAGAGGCCUACGACAUCCUCGCUGAAGACGUGCAGGGAAAAGUGUUCUUUGCUGGCGAGGCCACCAACAGACAUUUCCCUCAGACUGUGACAGGAGCCUACCUGAGUGGGGUCAGAGAGGCCAGCAAGAUGUCUGUUAUGUAAACUCUGUCAUUUCCAGAGCACUCAAAAACACCAGCAUGGACACACGGGUGGCACUGAGCAACAGACCGUUAAACAACUCGCACUGCGUUACCUGAAUUGCUCCACUUGAAAAGAUAUUUCACUGUACUGUGACGUGUCACAUCAGCAAGACGCUGUUAGUCACUUUCCAAUAGCGGGGUCAAGUAGCGCUCUCCAGGGCCUGGCUCUACAUAUUUAACACAAAAGAAGUUAAAGUGCUUUUUUUAUUUAUGUCAAAAAUCCAGCUGGCAAAUUUGUUUGUUGGCGACAAGAUGCAAAAACCUUAAUAGCAAGGCAUGAAUAAUGGAUAAUUCCUGUGCAGCUCUGCCUGAGUCCGCCGUGCUGGAAAGCAGGAUGACGUUAUCUUACGUUUGAGUUUAAUGAGUGGUGUAUGUAGCACUUGUGUGAGAUUAGGGUGCAUGAAACAUUGGUAAACUCUCAGUCGUCUAAUCGUGAUUAAUCAAGAUUUAAUCUCCAUGGAUCAAGUUUCAAGAGAUUGUAUCGCGGCGAUAUCUUAAAAUAUGUUCUUUGAGAGUUUCCUACCAAUGUUUCACACAGAUGUGAGGAAUUUGUGUUGUGUUAUAUGUGAUUUAUGUGUUGGUACAAACGGUGAAGAGAAAUGGAGGAAAGGUUGGAUAUAUAUAUAUAUAGUAGGAGUACUUCUGGGAUAGCACUUUUGAUUUAAAACGACUAUUUGAUUUAAAAGCAGUAAGAAAAUAAAUGAAUAGUUCACAUGUAUGACAAGUUAAAUUCCCCAUAGCACUAAAGAUGGUCAGAAGAUUGGCCCCUUACUGUCUCAGGGAUGUGAUCAAGACAACAACACCCAGCAGAAAAUUAUGGAAGAAAAUAAUGAUUGAACAAUUGUGAAGAUGGUUUAAAAAUAAAUAAUAAAUGCAACCAAACAAAUUAGUUUUAUUAGUCCCUGAACAAUAAAGUUCCUGAGGUUUGGGUACGGGGAACAGCACAACAAUGUCCUCACUUUGUUUAAUUAAUGUUAACUAAUGAAGCUUUACAUGUAAGACCUCAUUUCACUGUCUUCAUCGGUGCAUCUAGAUGAUCAUGUCCUGUUUGUCCAACAUUACAGUGCUUGAAUAUUUAUCUGUAAUAAACUGAGCUAUCAACUGCCA